UCUUGUUUCUCAACUUUCCUUUUCUCUCCAAUUUUCUUGGCUUUCGAUUUGCUUGAUCUCUACGAUCGAUUUCUGGAUUUCUCUUCUCUCGAUUACUCCGGCCUUUGAGUUUGGAUUUUCCUCCAAAUCGAGGAUCUCGGUCACUUGUUUUGAUAUCUCAGGUUUGCUUCCCCGGCUAUGUCUUCAUCUUGCUCUCGGUUAGGGUUUCUGCCUCAUCGCAAUUCUCGUCAUCCGCCAUGUCUGGCUUUCCGUGGAGUUAGGGUUUUACCUUGCGAGGAUUAUCGGCGGACUUUCCGUUUUGUUGUAUCUAGGAUUUUAUGCUUGUGAAUUCGCUGUUGGAUGAAACUAUCGGACCCUUGGAUUGGAUUUUUAGGUCAUGAUUUUUCUCCACCUCUCGCUAAAAUACUGGAAAGAUCGUCUGUUGCUUGUGUGGAUUUAGGAUGGAAGUAAUUAUUCGGUUCUUAGUGCCGUUAAGAUUUAGGAUCGGCGUUCAUUGAGAAUGUUAUCAGGAUUGUUUUCGCGGGUGGGAUACCAUUGACGUGAUGGAACUCAUGUGCUUCUUGAUUAUGGAUCGUCAUGGAAGGAACAUUGUAUGCUUCGCUGUGUGGUUCAGUCUGCUAAAGUUCAUAUGUUCUCUUGUAUAGUAUGACUCUUGGGGCAGCGAAGCAAUACUCAGACAGGAAGAUGACUUGCAGAGUUAACAGAUAUCAAGACAGUGCGACAGAUAUAGUUGGGAGAAGACCCAGUGCACCUUAUUACCGUAGACAGAGAAAUGGUCCUUAUAAGGGUUCCAGGAAUUUGGUCUGGACACGGGAACAGUCCCGUCCUUCACCUGAUGAAGACCAGCCACAGAAGAAGGCUGUUUAUGGUUCGAAGAAAUCACCUGUUUCUAGCAUUUCAGACAGUGGGCCGCACCAUCCCAGGAAUAAUGCUGCCUAUGGAUCUAACAACUCAUCUGUUUCAAGCGUCCGUGGUAGUAGUUUAGGAAACCGCGUUACUCCCAAGUCUGAGGGAAAUGUUUGCAAGUACUGGAUGUCUGGAAAUUGCAAGUAUGGUGAACAAUGCCGUUUUUUGCACUCUUGGUGCUCUUGCCCUGGGUUCAAGAUGCUGGCUGAACUUGAAGGACACAAGAAAGAUCUUAAAGGGAUUGUCCUUCCACUGGGUUCCGACGGAUUUAUCUCUGCUAGCGAUGAUGGUACUUUGAGAGUAUGGGAGUACAGCAAAGGUCAAUGUAUGCGUGUGAUGAACCUCGGUGCUGAAGCAGGAUCCUUAAUCAGUGAAGGCCGAUGGAUCUUCAUCGGAAUGCCAAAUGCUGUAAAGGCCCUUAAUGUCCAGACAGCUAAAGAUUUUCAUCUAGAAGGACCAGUUGGUCAGGUGCAUGCCAUGAUCGUUGCCAACGAAAUGCUUUUUGCUGGGGCGAGCUCUGGAAUGAUAUCGGUGUGGAAGGGCAACACUGAGUCGGAUCCGUUCAAGUACGCUACUUCUCUCAAGGGCCAUGAUGGUGCAGUUGUGUGUUUUACUGUGGGAGGUCGGAAUCUCUACUCGGGUUCUGUGGAUCAAACAAUUAAGGUGUGGGAUCUUGACACAUUGCAAUGCACAAUGACCCUGAGGCAGCAUACGGACACUGUCACGUCGCUUCUAUGUUGGGAUCGGUAUCUGAUAUCGGGUUCCUUGGAUGGUAGUGUAAAGGCUUGGGCUUUUUCCCAGAGCGGUGAAUUGGAAGCGAUUUUUACGCACCGACUUGGACAUGGUGUUUGCGCUCUUCUUGGGAUGACUGAUGGGGAUGUCAAACCCAUCAUAUUCUGCUCGUGCGAGAACAACACAAUCUACGUGUACGAUCUACCAUCAUUCACUGAACGGGGCAGGAUUUUCUCGACCCACGCUGUGGGGACACUCACCCUCGGUGGCGAUGGUCAGAUCUAUACAGGAGACAGGAGUGGUAGACUAAGAGUUUGGAGCUUAGGUGGCCAAAUUGCCGCUUGAGAACAAACCUCUCUCUCCCGGAUUCUUUCCUCACUGCUAAUUCUUUGAUUCAUUAUGUAAACAACAUUCACCAUCUGUUGUCUGUAAAUAGACGAUUCUUCUUACAAAUCUAAUAAUCUGGUCCAAACUUCUCCUUUCA